ACUCUCCGUAAAUAUGUUGUAUGUUUUUCUGAUUAUCUUGGCAAUUUCAAAAAUGGGAGUUUCUGCAAAGGAUCAUCCAAGCUUUGUAAUUCAUGGCAAAUUAAAAUGCAAUGGAUAUCCAAUUAACGGCAUUGUCACUAUGGUCGAUAGAUUCUAUAUAGUCUUCGAUCAUUUAUUAAACUUCAGCGAAAUACCCAGAAGCGGGAAAUUCCGUUUGUUUGGAGAACCAAAUGACGAUUCCCUCAACGCUGUUCUCAUCGUUGAGCACAAAUGCCAUAAUUUCACUUUUAGAAGAACUAAUCAAAAAGUCAAUCGAUUUUCGAAAUUUACAAUUGAUUUGGAAGACUUGCACAGAAAUAAUAAUACACUGGAAAUCGAUAUAGAACUAGCAAACAAGCAAUCAACAGCUCUUCCAUUUGUUCAUUUGUAUAAAAUAAUUUUACAUGGAAACAGGUAG